CUCCUCCCCGCUCUGCUGUCCAGACGCACACACUUCCCCCGAGGAGCGUCUGCAGUGUGCUGCCAGUCUGUGAGCUGGAGAGACACUCAGACGACACACACAAGAGGAAUCUUAAAAAACAAAACUUUGGUUGCAACUUUUUGUAUUUUUCCCGACUUUGGAUACAAGUGUGGGACCUACUUUUGCUUUUCUUAUUUCCUCUGAGGGUCUAGUUAUAUCCAGAGAGAGCUGCAAUGCUUCCAUUCUACCUCCUGACUUUUGCUGUCACCAUCCAAGCCCACAACCAGCUGCUGCCAGGCUCUUGCAACUUUGAGUCCAACACCUGCGGAUACACGUCAGAUGCAGACUUCGCGAGCUGGACUCUGCACAAAGAUGGUCGCUUUGUUGCAGUGGAGGCAGCCAUGAGUGAUGAGCAGGAUGCUGAAAUAGGUUCAGAUAACGGCCCACAGAGGGAGAUCAGAGGGGUCCUGCUGAGUCCGGCUCUGGAGCAAGGCGAGUGGAGCUGCCUGAGACUUGUCUACCAGAUCAUCGGGUCGGGAAGCCUGGAGGUCCUGCAGCGCACGGAGGGGAAGAGCUUUGACAGGCCGCUGUGGAGCAGCCAAUCGCCCUCUGACAGCUGGGUCAUCUCAAGCAUGGACCUGCAGAACAAUACAGAGCCGUACAGGGUUGUCAUCGAAGGUAAACCUGGAGGGAGCCCUGGGAGCAGCGUGGCCGUCUUUGAGAUCCACAUCAGCCCCGGAUACUGCCUGGAGUGUGAUUUUGAGGAGUCUCACCUGUGUGGAUACAGCAAUCAGUGGAACGCCAAUGUGAACUGGUAUGUGGGAGGAGGCGGGGCCCAGCUGCUUCACAACAACAUACCGAAUGACCACACGUACAACAACAGGACAGGUCACUUGAUGUACGUGGACUCCAUCUACGCCAAGACUUUCAAAGAAGUGGCCAAGCUGGUGUCCCCCAUGACGACGGUGCCGAUGUCCGGCUGCCUGAGCUUUCAGUACCAGCGGAGCGAGGAGGGAGGGAACCUGUUCUCUGUUUACACCAGGGACAAGCUGGGUCAGUACCAGGAGCUGUGGAGGGCGGAGACAGAAAGCCAGAACGAGUGGAGCGGGACACUGGAGGAAUGGAUCCCUGUGCAGGUGGACCUGAAGGCACCGUACUCUGUGCAGGUGGUCUUUGAAGUGUCCUUUAACAGUCCAAGAGGUGGACGUGUUGCAAUUGAUGACAUUUCCUUCUCUCCAGAGUUUUGCAGCAAAGACAGUGAGCCGACCUUUGACCCCUCCAUCGCCAACUGUGACUUUGAGUCCGGUAACUGCCGCUACACCCAGGACCAGGUGACGGGGUUGUUGUGGAGGAGAGUGUCUGUGAAGCCCAACAUAUUUAGGAAUGGAGACCACACCACAGGAGCAGGAUAUUUCCUGUUGGCUCACUCCCGGCUGAGCCCACGCUCUGGUUACGUUAGCCGUCUGAUCGGUCCAACUCUGCCCGGGAACAUGAAGUACUGCCUGAGAUUCUACUUCUCCCUGAGGGGUUUCAACCAGACGGACCAGGCUCUGACUGUGUAUCUGCAGCCGCUGCAGCAGAGCAGCAGCCAGGAGAAGAUCUGGACGCAGGGGGAGAGGUCCAGGGGAAUCUGGAUCACCACGGACGUCACCUUCCAGACAUCACAGCCUGCCAAGGUGGUUUUCGUCAGCACCUGCAGGAGCUUCUGGGACUGCGGCUCCGUGGCUUUGGACGACAUCAGUAUGAGCCUCGGGGACUGUGAGCUGACAACAGGUUUGUUGUCGUCGUCUCUACCAGGACACUGUGACUUUGAAGCGGGCCUGUGCGGUUACACUCAGGACAAGCAGAACGACGGGGCUGACUGGGAGUGGAGGAGAGGGCCCACCCCGACCUCAUACACCGGGCCAAGAGGAGACCACACCACGGGACUCGGAUAUUACCUGCACAUGGAGGCGUCGCCCAUGCUGCCUGGUCAGAGUGUCCGGCUGCUGUCCCGACCUCUGAGGGGCUCCAGGGGGCCUCAGUGUCUACGCUUCUACUACCACAUGUACGGCUCAGGCACAGGUCAGCUCAGCGUCCACCUCCAGAAAGACGGAGAGGAUGUGUUGCUGUGGCAACUGAGCGGCGAGCAGAGCGUCGCCUGGCUGAGGGCCACAGUGGAGUACCAGAGUGACAGCCAGCAUCAGAUUGUGUUUGAAGCGACCAGGGGUACAUCAGUAAGGAGUGAUAUCGCCAUUGAUGACAUUAUCUUGGAAGGCGGACCUUGCCCAGCGAUGGAGAUCAAGGCCCCCGUACUAACCUCCAAUGAGAUCGAGUAGAAGGCCGGAGGAAAUCAGCUGCGUAGGAUGCAUGAACCCGUUUAUUUUUGCACAUUACAGACUCCUGACUCCUGCGGAUCAAUCUGAACAUGCAGGAUUGUGGGUAAAAGGAAACUUUUCACGUAGUUUUUUUUUCAUGGAGCAACACAUAUCAGUUGUGUCAUAGUCAGUAUUUCUCUCUUCACUGUAGUAGCAGAGAGUGUGUUUAACUGUGUUUCUCUUCACAUUUAUAUGCAUUAGAUUAAUGCUCAUUGCUUAAAUAAAACAAGAAGGUUAUUCA